AUGUCGAGAGCAUUAUUAGCUCUAGGACUCUUGUUCAUAGCAUUAUUCAUUUCUUUGGCCUCCGCUGUCUCUGGCGCAGAUAGUGACUUUGUGAAUUGUAACUGUGACGAUGAAGGAGGCGGGUUCUGGACUGUACACAGCAUUCUUGAGUGCCAGAGAGUGAGUGAUAUCUUGAUCUUUGUUGCUUAUUUCUCGAUUCCCAUCGAACUCCUUUACUUUAUCAGCUGCUCGAACUUCCCCUUCAAAUGGGUCCUUGUCCAGUUCAUAGCAUUCAUAGUCCUUUGUGGGUUGACUCAUUUGCUCAAUGCUUGGACUUAUUACGGCCCACACUCGUUCCAGUUGAUGCUUUCCCUUACUGUUGCAAAGUUACUCACGGCUUUGGUCUCAUGUGCCACUGCUAUAACCCUCCUUACUUUGUUCCCUCUUCUUCUCAAAUGGAAAGUGAGAGAGCUUUUCUUGAAGCAAAAUGUCAUGGAGUUGGACCAAGAGGUUGGGAUGAUGAAGAAAAAGAAGCUGGCGAGCCUCCACGUCAGAAUGCUCACCAGGGAAAUUAGGAAGUCCCUUGACAAGCACAAUAUACUGUACACCACUCUGGUUGAGCUCUCCAAGACAUUGGGUUUGUACAACUGUGCUGUAUGGAUGCCGAAUGAGAAGAGAACUGAGAUGAACCUAACCCAUGAGUUGCAACCAAAUUCUGACAGCCGUCAUUUUUCCAUCCCUAUGAAUGACCCAGAUGUGCUAGAGAUCAAAGCUACUAAGGGGGUUACCAUUUUGAGGUCAGAUUCUGGACUUGGGUCUGUAAGCAGCGGCGGUGGUACUGAGGCAUCUGGCGCAGUGGCUGCAAUCAGGAUGCCGAUGCUUCGAGUUUCAGAUUUCAAAGGCGGUACUCCGGAGUUCAUAGACACUUGUUAUGCUAUCCUGGUUUUGGUCCUUCCGAGUGCAGGUUCCUGGACCUACGAAGCAAUGGAGAUAGUGGAAGUGGUUGCUGAUCAGGUAGCAGUGGCUUUAUCCCAUGCUGCAGUUCUCGAAGAGUCCCAGCUGAUGAGGGAGCAGUUGAGUGAGCAGAACCGGGUGCUGCAACAAGCUAAGAAGAACGCGAUGAUGGCUAGCCAGGCAAGGAACUCAUUUCAGAGGGUGAUGAGUCAUGGGAUGAGGAGACCAAUGCACUCGAUUAUCGGAUUGCUCUCGAUGAUCCAGGAUGAUGAAAAUAUGAGCUUUGACCAGAAAAUUGUUUCUGAUACAUUGAUGAAAGCCAGUAACGUUCUUUCGACUUUGAUUGGUGAUGCGAUGGAGAUUUCGAUAAAAGAUACAGGGAGGUUCCCCCUAGAGAUGAAGCCAUUUCGGCUACACUCCAUGGUCAAGGAAGCUGCUUGCCUUGCCAAGUGCUUGUGUGUAUACAAGGGGUUUGGAUUUGAAAUCGAUGUUGAGAGUUCUUUGCCCGAUUUAGUGAUAGGGGAUGAACGAAGGGCUUUCCAAGUAAUUUUGCAUAUGUUUGGUUAUCUUUUGGAUCUGUAUGAUGGUAGGGGAACCAUUGUAUUUCGAGUUCUCUUGGAGAGUGGUAGCGGCGGAGGAAAGAAUGAUAGAAUGUUGGGGAUGUGGAAAGCAAAUGCUCCUGAUGAAUAUGCAUCUAUAAAGUUUGAGAUUGAGAUUAGGGAGGAGAGUUCAUCAAUGACGGAUGGGCCGAUGUCAGCUGCUGCACAGAGGAGGCAGGCCGGUCCUGAGAUUAAGGAAGGUCUUAGGUUCAGCAUGUGCAAGAAGCUAGUUCAGAUGAUGCAAGGGAACAUAUGGGUAGCUCCAAAUGCCUUUGGGUUUGUACGAAGCAUGAACCUUGUCCUCCGGUUCCAAACUAGACCAUUAUCUAUUGGAAGGUCAUCUGCUUUCAUUACCUCUUCAGAACAACAGCCAACUACACCUCAACAGUUCAAAGGCCUCAAGAUUGUGCUAGCUGACGAUGACAACGUGAAUCGAACUGUAACCAAGAAGUUGCUGGAGAAACUUGGAUGCGAAGUCACUGCCGUUGCUUCAGGGUUCGAGUGCCUAAGCACUCUGAGCUCCGAGAACUCCGUUAGGGUAGUCAUUCUGGAUCUCCAAAUGCCUGAAAUGGACGGCUUUGAAGUUGCCUCGAGGAUUAGGAAGUUCCGGAGCCGGAACUGGCCAUUCAUUAUAGCCCUGACGGCUAGUGCGGAGGAUAAUAUAUGGGAGAGGUGCCUGCAGUUGGGGAUGAAUGGCGUGAUACGAAAACCCGUCCUUUUACAAGGAAUGGCUGAAGAACUUCGAAGGGUUCUUCAGGUAGCUGGGUAGCCCAGAAGGAGAGGAGAUAUCCAGUUAUUCAAUAUGAAUAUACAGACAUGAUUCAUGGCAUUGAACAGUUUAAAAAGAUCCGUGGCCGCCGGUGGCCACGUUGAAAUGUAACGUCUUUCAGCACGCAGAUGGUAUAGAUAUUAGAUAGUGUACUUUUUCCUUUCCGUGCUACCCAUUUUCCUGUCU